CUCACCCUGGACUCCUCCUGCUCCUCCUCCUGUUCUCACUUCCUCCAUCAGAAACAGUCCCAGCAAAGAAAGGAGGAAAACAACACACAGAGGUCCAACACAGGAAGAAUGGCCAAUGAUGAAAAUGUCGCCCGUCUGAGACGCAGCUUUCGGGAGGGGAAGACGAGACCCUUACAGUUCAGGAUGUCACAGCUGGAAGCCCUGAGCAGAUUCCUGGAAGAAAAUAAGGAGCCGAUAAUGGAGAGUCUGAAAAAGGACCUGAGCAAGCCGCCAUUUGAAGUGGAGAUAUCGGAGCUGAGUCUGGUGAGAAGUGAGAUUAACCUGGCGCUCAACAACCUGGGCUACUGGAUGAAGGAUGAGCCUGUGUCCAAGAAUAUGGUCACAGUCAUGGACACUGCUUUUAUCCGGAAAGAGCCAUUUGGAGUGGUUCUCAUCAUUGCACCCUGGAAUUACCCUGUGCAUCUCUCUCUCAUCCCUCUUGUUGGGGCGAUUGCUGCAGGUAACUGUGUGGUGGUGAAGCCGUCGGAGAUCAGUGAGAACACGGAGAAGCUGCUUGCUGACAGUCUUCCGCGUUAUCUGGACAAGGUUGUUGCUUAGUUUGAUGUUGCUGUUGCAUUUCUCUCAUUGUUUGCUGUGCCCCCUCUAGCAUG